AUGGCCUCCCAGUGGCCCCCGCGAUCGCCCCACGAUGUCCUGCUCGGCACACCAGGAGGCCGCGAGCGGUUGCGACGCAUGGCCGAACGCAAAUCCCCAACGCCCUCGCCAUCCCGCCUCCGGUCAGCGCGAUCCCACUCGACCCUCAACUCGAGGUCUGGAGGCCCAGGGCUAGGGGCGGAUAUGGACAACCAGCUUUUUGAUGGCGGCGACGACGAUGACGACGAUGAGGAUGACGAAGAAACAUUGCAGCUAAAAUUGCAGGCAAUCCAAGCCCGGUUGAAGCUCAAAAAACUACAGAGUGCAAAGGCCCAGAAGAAGGCGAGCGCAGUGUCGGAUCCCGGGCCUGCGUCUGCCGCGGUAGGCAUGAGGGAGGUUCCGCUGCAGUCAAAGCUGGCGGCAGUGCGAGACAGGAUGGAAGGGCAGCCUGUUCAGACUGGAGUCCAGGUUCCUGCGUCGCCGGUCAGGAAAGCUCAGAGCUCGUCCAACCUGCAGACGUCACCACAUAGAGUGCUGCUGGGAAUCGAUAAGGGGUUAAGGGCGGCAGAUGUGUCUCUUAGACGAGCUCCCAGCGUGAAGGCUAUGCACGACGACCGGUCCGGCCAGCCCGGCGGCUACUUGCGGCGCUCGAAAACGCCAUUACCUGCUCAAGUCCAGCAGGCCGAUGCGCCCCGCCCACUGAGCUUCAACGAAAGGCUGUCAUCUGCGAGAUCCGAAGAGUCAGCCCGCCAGGAGCGGCAGCAGAGGAUACAAAAGAUCCGCACAAAGGCCUUUAGCGUAGGCAAACAAGAAAUGGAAGAGUACAAGACCAAGGCGCUGGACAUUCCCGACCGGCCCUACAAGCCACAAGAGUUCACGAGGAAUGAUAUACUCUCCUCGACAGGGGCGCCAUUACAGCGGAGUAGUACUGUCCCAAGUUUACGGUCUGCUCCGGCGCUAGACACCGGAGACGAGUCUAUAGACAACCCCUCGUUGGUAACGGGCGCACCGGCGGGAAGUGGGGACUCGGAAGCAUCCUUUGAGCCCUACUCGGGCCUCCAUCUUUCCAAGCGGAUUCUCCCCCACCAGGUGCUCACCCGCGCCAUCACGGGAAAAAAGACAUAUGUCCUCCAAGACCUGCUACGCCAUGUCAAAGCACCAGACUGGUCUCUGCCUGACAUUGAGUCGGAUGUCGUCGUGUUUGCCAUUAUCGCCAGCAAGUCAGACCCGCGAAGCCACAGACCCGGGCCUGGCGGGGCGGGAAAGGCACAGCAGGACCGCGGUAAGUAUAUGGUGCUCACGCUCGUGGACCUAGCAUUCGAGGUCGAGCUCUUUCUCUUCAAUACGGGCUUCGACCGCUUCUGGAAGAUGACAGUAGGGGCCGUGCUGGCGAUUCUGAAUCCCAACAUCCUGCCGCCACCGCCUGGGCGCGAGGCGACGGGCCGGUUUGGUCUUGUCAUCAACAGCGACGAGGACACGAUCCUCGAGAUCGGCAACGCGCGCGACAUAGGCUACUGCAAAAGCGUCAAAAAGGACGGCCAGUUCUGCAACACCUGGGUCAACGCGCGCCGCUCCGAGUACUGCGAGUUUCACACCAACGAGGCCCUGCAACGGACGCGCCACAACCGCAUGGAGCUAAACGGCUCCAGCUUCGGCGGCAAGCGCCCCAACUCUAAGGAAGCAUUCGACAAGAAGGAGGAAGACCGCCGCAAGGCUGCCAUGGGCAACUACGACCGCGCCACGCAGAGCCGCUUCUUCAUCAGCGGAGGGCGGCGCGGCGCGGCCGAGAUGAUGGACGACGACGGCGGCGGCGUGGCCGACCGCGUGGAGCGCGAAGAGGGGCUGAAGCGGCGCCUGGCGCAGAAGGAGCGCGAGCGCGACAUUGCCAAGCGCCUCGGCGAGAUCGGCGGCGGCGCUGGCAAGGACGGCUCGGCCCUCCAGGGCGACUUGCCGCCAAAAUGGGACGCCCGCGCCCUCGGCCUCGUCGGCAGGCGCGGCGCCGAGCAGCCCAAGAUUGAUCUCGGCCCAAUCAAGCGAAAGCGGCCGGAUUCGUCGGCAUCCAACUCGACAGCCACUGGUGGCGGCGGUGGAAGCGGCAGCGCUGGAGGCGGCACCCAGCCAAAGAUUGCGCUGGGAUGGGGCUCGUCGCUGACGAAAAAGCUCGGCCGGAUGAAGGAAGGCGAGCACCUGGACGGGACGAAAAACGGCGGCUUCUCGGCGGUCUCCAACAACGCCCCUGCCGCGGAAUCCAUUCCCACCGCCACCGCCACCGCCACCUCGGCCAGGAACGACCGCUCGCCUGUUAGGAAGAAGACGCGCUUCGUGACGGAGAAGGGCAUCCGCGAGGCCGGGAGAGAGAGCCUCGGCGAGCCUCUGUCGGCGGCAGCGGCGGCGGCAAAGAUUGGCCGCCGCCGGGUGAUUAUCCCGAACAAUAACGACGACGACGAUGAUGACGACUUGAUUAUUAUAAAGUAG